UGACCACAUCAGAGCAACGGGAGCCACGCGCCCCUCCCCUUGCGUCACUGUACAUGGCCAGGGCACAGUACCUGACUAUGUUGCGCAUCGCUUUUCUUGCAUGCUCUGUCGGAACGUUCCCCUAGUCCACCGGCUGGCCUUCUCCAUCAGACUUCGCCCAGUCAUCACUGCCAUCCCCUCUGGGUCUGAUUCGAGCUCCCAGCCAUGUCGUCGGUGGCUUUGGGACUCUGCUCAGUCUCGUCCGAGACAGGCUGAGAAUUUGUUUCCUUUCGGCUUGCUUUGAAUCGCAUCUCGGCUUCAUAACGUCAUCCCAAGCCUCACCGUGCCGUCCCUGGUUGAUGUUUUUCAACAAUGUCAAAUAAUGGAUCCACAAGAUUGACAGGCAAGCGGCAGAAGAUCUUCCCCGGGCUGGCACGUCCCUCCCGGCGAGCCGACCAUGCGGCCAAGGGUCUGUCGACGCUACCCACCACCUUCAAUCCGAUUCUACUGCACAUAUUCCCCUCUCAGCGCACGAUGCAUUCAUGUCUCAACUUCUGCUCUACUGCACCAUGUCACCGUGUGUCCUUGACGUGGCUCCUACAGGCUUCAUUCGUCCUACCAAGACCGCGUCGCAUACACCUAGGCAUCUGAACAGAAAAUGACUGCCAGUGUUACCCCUGCAUGUAUGCUAAAAAUCUUCCGAUCAAUUACGCGACGUGACGAUUUUCAGGUCCGAUAUCCAUAGCUUGCAAGCUCUAGAACAGUGCCCUCAUCUGGUUGGUUACAUGAACCUUAGUGUUGAUACUACUCGUGCCAGUGUCGACAGCAGCCACUUCCAUGCAUCGGCGCCCUUGUACCGUUAUCUGCCGACUCACGGAUGACUCGGUGAGACACACGUCCUGCUCCAAUAGCCCCUAGGUUCGAGCGAUCCUGCGGGGAGAAAUUCCACUCUGAGCGCGUUGCGCCGCGCUAAGUAUCAGCUCAAUCCCUUUAGCACCCAUCUUUUUUGGCGUUUUUGCGACUUGCCGUCAUCGAAUGCUUUUGCAUCUUCAUAUGAACCCGCCCAGCUACCGCUCUACGCCUCAACCACCGAAUAUCUCAAUCCAUUGCCAAUUUCCUUCCCGCGUCCGGAGCAGCCUGAGUGGCUGAUCUGCACUCAUGCCCUUAUUAAACAAGAUCAAAAGACGUUCGGGCGGUGGCCACGGGAUUUUCUCAUCAUCCCACAUCACUGCCGUUUCCGAGCCUACUCAUCUAAUAAAGAUUUCCGGAAUGGGCCACAUACAAGCUCCAGACAAUAUCCCAAGAUCCAAUCGAGGAGGCAAUCAGGACAUUGGUCACGAGCCACUCUUUGAUCCUCUUCAACAGAUGCAUCAAGUACCAGACGAUGACCCACAAAUACGGAAACUCACCUCUUUCUCACAGCUAGCCUCUGCAGAUAGAACUUCCAAGAACGAGCCUCUUGGAAGUCACCCUACCCAACCUGUAUCUUAUGCAGAGGAGGAGACCGCACCCUCACCUCCAGAUUUCACUAGGCGUGGCAUCCAUAUACCCACAAGAACCAGCAGCAGUCCAGCCGUUAAAAAACAAUUUCUGCGUCCCACCAGUGAAAGGUCACGAUCCAGGGUAGGGAGAUCGGAAUCUGGCUCACAUCAUGCGCAAAGUAUCGCAAGCGACACCGAUUCCGUCAAGUCCUACGAAACAAAAGCCUCGUCAACUGGAACUGCAGCACUCAUUCCACUGCAGUACAACCAAACCGCGGAACCAGUUGAUCGCAUGUCCCCUCUACUCGAAGAUGACCCCAGAUCCUUCGACUUAAUCGCAUCUGCGCCCAGCGACUCUGACAGGGGACCGAGAUUCAACCUCGAAACCCAGUCUCAGCUCUUAUUCUCCAAGGAACAUCUCCAGGCCAUUUUCGACCACCCUGCUUCGUUGUUACGCUUUACUACGUUCCUGAACGCGGCCCGGCCACGGUCAGUGCCGAUUCUGGUAUACUACCUCGACGCACUGAAAGCGUUACGCGCCGUCAACUACGCCAAUGCUAUUGCCGAAGCCUUGGAUCCCAUUGAAGGAUUGGAAUUCACGACAACUUCCGCUCGUCCGACGGUCAAUGCGAUUCUGGAAGACAAAGCGAAGCAGGCGUUUGAUGUCCUGGUUCGCGAGGACUUGCCCGCCUUCAUCUCGCACGUCUUCGUGCAAGUUGUGAGUGUCAGUAUUCAGAAGCGCGUUACCGGUAGCCUGCCGCCUAUGCUGCGUGAAGCGAGCGAAGGGUUGGCAGAGGUGUUUUGUCUAACUGAUCCUUCGAGGACGGAUAACCCUAUUAUUUUUGCUUCGGAAGAAUUUCACCGCACAACGCAAUACGGGGUGGGUUACGCCAUCGGGCGCAACUGCAGAUUUCUCCAGGGUCCUUGGACCAGUAAAAGCAGCGUGGAGAGAUUGAAAAGAUCUGUCGUCGAGGGCAGGGAGAUCAAUGAAGUCCUGCUCAACUAUCGCCGCGACGGCUCCCCCUUUAUGAACCUACUCAUGAUGGCACCACUCAUUGACUCCCGCGGCAACACCCGCUACUACAUCGGCGCGCAAAUCGACGUAUCUGGUCUCGUAAAAGACAGCACGGAUCUCGAGGCACUCCAACGACUCAUCGCCAUCAAGGAAGGCCGCGAGGCUCCCAACCCUCCUAAAGACGAGCUCCAGGAUCUCAGCGAGAUGUUGAACAAUGCCGAGUUGGAGACGGUGAGGAGGCAUGGCGGUAGUAUGCAUCAUCCGCAUUUGGAAGAGCAGGACGAUGGAAUGAGUUCGAGAGAACAUCGUCCGAGAGUUUUGAUCAAGGGGAUGACUGAGUAUGAGGAUCUCGAGAGGGGGCCGGAUGGUGCUCAUUUGAGGGCGGAAGGGAGAUUGGCUGGGGUGUAUAAAAACUAUCUCAUUAUUCGCCCGGCGCCAUCCCUCCGCAUCCUCUUCGUUUCUCCUCCUCUUCGUAUCCCCGGCAUCCUUCAAUCGCGCUUCCUCGACCGGAUCGGCGGCUCUGACCGCGUGCGCGAUUCGCUUUCUGAAGCCCUGGCUGAUGGCACGAGAGGUGUAACAGCAAAGGUACGCUGGUUGUCAUCGGCAUCGGCCACCGUCGAUCCAGAGCGCCCCGAAGGCCGACCGCGUUGGAUCCACUGCACGCCCUUACUCGGAUCCUCGGGCGCUGUGGGCGUGUGGAUGGUUGUGCUCGUUGACGACGACAAAGCCAGUUCUACGCCGAGGCGGUUCAGACAAGCACCUCCCGUUGCGGACACCCGACGGUCACAACAGCACCAGCACCAGCCCCAGCCCCAGCAGCGCGGCAGACGUCACGACUCGAGCCAUCUCGAGAGUAAUCACGAUUUCGACUCUCUACGUGCAGGCUCACGGAACGGAUCUAAACAUCCCUCGCGGCACAAUUCCCCGGGUGGCGGUGGACGGUCCAGAUCGGGCCUGAGAGAAGGAUUGCUGCAGCAGCAAGUGCAGCAACAGCGACAGAGAUCAUUUAGUCCCGCUCUGCAAAAGAGCGACAGGACGGCAGAACCAAAUCCCCCGACUGAUAGCGGGUGCGACGAAGACGAUCCAAGAAGCAUGCGGUGUUCUACUAUCGUGGAAGGUAGUGCCGACGAUACCGAUAAUAACGCGCCGCCGAGCGAGAUUGUAAGGACGACGGAGAUUGUAGUCGAGAAGACUCGUGACAGUCACGAUAGCAGCGGCGAAUCCGGUGAGACGGGGGAUUUCGAAAGCCCUGUAACUGCGAUGGCGACAGCAGCGGUGGUUGCAAGGCCAGAGCCUGUGGAAGUGCCAGUACAGAAUGAGGGCGAACUUGCCCAGUCGUCGGCAGCGACGUCGGCUUUGACGCUCGAGGUGUUGAAGGAUGUACGCGACUUCAGGAAGUUUUUGGGUCGUUGA